GCGAAUUCGACAACCAGUGGUCUGGUUCUCCUCCCAUCAGCUGUGUUGUGCUGAACCGGCUGCCGUGAGCACCGUGGUGUAGGCGCUCAAUAUGUCUAAAAGGAAAAGCAGCUCGGUCAGUGACAAACCCCAUAAACGGGCUAAACCCGUGGAAGAGGAAGAUGAAAAUGUUGAUGAUAGCGAGCAGGAAGAUCCUCUGCUGAGUAGACAGAUGCUACGUGCCGGCGAGGUGGUGAGCGAUGCAGGGAUUGUGGAGAGCAUCACACUGAAGAACUUCAUGUGCCACUCUCUCCUUGGCCCGUUCACUUUUGGUCCAAAUGUCAAUUUUAUUGUUGGCAACAAUGGAAGUGGAAAGAGUGCUGUCCUGACAGCUCUCAUAGUUUCCCUAGGCGGGAACGCACAGGCCACAAACAGAGGAUCGUCACUGAAAGGUUUUGUGAAGGAAGGAGAAAGCUCAGCUGAUGUAUCAAUCACACUGCGUAACAAAGGAAAGGAUGCUUACAAACCUGAGGUGUAUGGUCCAUCUAUCAUGUUGGACCUGAGAAUAACACGUGAAGGGUUAAGAACAUACAAACUCAGGAGCAAAUCAGGUAAAGUUGUUUCAACAAAAAAGGAAGAGCUCUUGUACAUCCUGGACAAUUUUAAUAUUCAGGUCAACAAUCCUGUGUCAGUUCUCACUCAAGAGAUGAGCAAGUACUUCCUACACUCCAAAGGAGAGGGGGACAAGUACAAGUUUUUCAUGAAAGCUACCCAGCUGGAGCAGAUGAGAGAAGACUUUAUCUACAUCAAAACUACCAAGAUGGCCACAGAAGAUAAAGCAUCUCAACAUAGUGAAAGUUUGAAAGACACAAAGCGGAAGUACCUGGAGAAAGAGGACCGUUACAAGACCCUGGCAUCACUUGAUGACAUGCGCACCAAGCUAGAGCAGUUACAGAAACAGAUGGCUUGGGCUUUGGUCAUUGAGAUGGAGAAGGAGUUGGAGCCAAUGACAGACAAGCUGCGGUCAGACAGACGUUCUACCGAGAAAUUUGAUGAGAAAGUGGAAGAAUGGAAGAAUAAGGUUGAGGGGGCCGAGAAGAAGUACAAGCAGAUACAGGAACAAUUGGAGGGGAUCACCCAGCAGGUCCAGGAGCUCCAGCCCAAAUGUGCUGAGCUUAAGACAGAGGCCCAGAGACGAAAUACCCUUCUCAAGUCCAGCGAGGUCACAGUCCAUAGAUGCAAGGCAAACCUGAGGGACCUGGAAAAGGACAAGGUUCAACUGUCAUCGAGAAUAAAUGAUCUCAACCUAAGCAUCAGUCAGACAUCAGGAUCAGAGAACCAGGCCAGGAAAGAGCACAUGCAGCAUAUCCAGACUGAGCUGGACCAACUGAGACACCAUAUCUCCACUCUUGGCCAGCAGAUUGACCAGUACCAGCACGCCUGCCACCGUGCCAAAGAGGAACAAGGAAAGAUGAGGAGGGAGCAGGAAGUAUUCCAGAAGUCUAUUGAAGCCAACAGCAGAAAUCUGCAGACAAUGGAAAGCAGUCGAUCCAAUCGUCUGCGGCGCUUUGGAGAGCACAUGCCCCCACUCCUCAACGCCAUCAAUGAAGCUCACAAAAGGGGCCAGUUCAAGCACAGACCCCGAGGACCUCUGGGUUACCUUAUUAGCCUGAAGGACCCAGAACAUGCCCUGGCUAUAGAGGUAUGUCUUAAAGGCCAGCUGCAUGCUUUCACUUGUGACAACCAUGAGGAUGAGAAAGUGCUGUUAGGGAUCAUGGCCAGAGUGUUCUCCACAGGCCGAAGACCUGCGAUCAUUACCAGCCAUUUCCUCCAACACGUCCAUGACACAAGAAAGAGGGCCGUGAAUCACCCUGAAUACCCCUCCGUGCUUCAAGCUCUAGAAAUUGAGGACCCGGUUGUGGCAAACUGUCUGAUUGAUCAAAGAGGGAUUGAGAGCAUUCUAUUAAUAAAGAAUCGCACCGAGGCUCGGAGAGUGAUGCAGGCCAGAAACCCUCCUCAGAACUGUAACCAGGCUUUCUCCAAGGAGGGAGAUCAAAUCUUUAAUAACCGCAGUUACACUGCCGAGCAGACCAGAUCCAACUACCUCUCAGGAGAUGUUGAGGAAGAGAUCAGGCACUUGCAGAGGGAGAUAGAGAACCAGAAAGGUCAGGCAAAUCGCUUCCAGCAACAAAUGAAGAAGUUGGAUGAUGACAUCAAACAGAACGAAGGGCUGCAGAGAAGAGCCCACAUAGAGCAGAAGACCACCAAAGAUAAAGCCACAAAGCUACAACUGGAGCUGACAGACCUGCAGAAUGUAGAGGAGCCACAGUCCGAGGAUCUCAAACCCCUGGAGGAGGAUCUUCAGGAGAUUGUGAGUAAAAUCUCUUCAAAGCGUGCAGAGUACGAGGAGGCACGAACUCAGAUGGCCGACCUCAAGGCCUCCUAUGAGAAGGCAGAGAGGGAGUACAAUCAGCACAAAGAGAAGAUCAACACCAUCGCUGAAGAGGCCGAUUCAAUCAAGGAUGAGCUGAGUAAGAUUGAUCAGGAGGUGAUGAAGUGCAAGCAUCACAAGAAACACUACGACGAGAAGCGCAGUGCCCAUCUCCGAAACAUCCAGAACAUGGAAGGCACCGUUGAAAGCAAGGAACAGGAACUGCAGGCAUCUAUAUCCAAGGCCCAAGAGAUCUGCCCAGAGCGCCUGGAAUUACGUCGGACGGCCAGGAGCCUGGACAGUGAGAUCAACCGACUCAAGGUUAAGAUUACGACCCAGCAGGAACAACAAGGUGACCGUGAGGAGGUUGUGAGGCAGUACCGUGAGGCGCUGGAGAGCUACAACAACUUGGCACAGCAAAUGAAGAACCUCAACAGCUUCAUCAAAAGCCUGGAUAUUGUCAUGAAUCAGAGAAUCCAGGUUUACUCUGAGUUCAGGAGGUUCCUUUCGGCCCGCUGUAAAUACUACUUUGAUAGCAUGCUGGCUCAGAGAGGAUACACUGGAAGUAUGACCUUUGAUCACAAAAAAGAAACACUCUCCAUCUCAGUGCAGCCAGGUCAAGGAAGCAAGGCUGACUUAAGUGACAUGCGUUCCCUGUCAGGAGGCGAGCGCUCCUUCUCCACUGUUUGCUUUGUACUAUCUCUUUGGGCCAUCACAGAGACGCCUUUUCGCUGCCUUGACGAGUUUGAUGUUUACAUGGAUAUGGUGAACAGGAGGAUAUCAAUGGACAUGAUGCUGAAGGUGGCUGCCAGCCAGCGCCACAGACAGUUUAUUUUCCUCACCCCACAGAGUAUGAGUUCCCUUCCUGUGAGUAAAAUCAUCCAAAUCCUCCGUCUCAAAGAUCCAGACCGCAGCAACAGUAACCAAAGAAAUCAAGACGAGGAUCAGUAGUGUUACUACUUGUAAUUUAACAUUAAAUGAGGUAAUGAGACCACUAGCUAGGACUGUCCAUGAGAGCAGGAUGGGCCACAGCAGGCAAGCUAGAGCUGUCCAGUGAUUCCCAUUUGUAGGGAAACUGUUGAUCUCUAGCCAUUUGGUUCAACUGCUGUUUUUGUUCAGAGCCAAGAAUAGCUGUUCAAAGUUUAGGAGUGUCAUAAAUAUUUUGUACUAUGACACUGAGUGUAAGCACCUGUUUUUCUACAUAUUGCCAAAAUACUUGUUAAAUGCUUUGAAAACUAGCACAUUGAUUGAAUCGAUGUCAUUUUAAGCUGAUGCUGAUGUUGUUUAUAAAAUCAAACAA